AAUUUCCAUAUUUAUGGGGUACUAUUUUUUUCGUGAUGUUUCUUUUAUGUGGCGGUGUUCUUGAUAAUAUCGUCAGAGUUUUCAACCAGUAUGUCUACAACUGAAGAAGUAAUCAUUGCACACAGGCACUGGAAAUGGCAUGGCCAAAUCUCUUCUGGAUUCAGUUGGAGAGCCAUGUACUGCUUCUAAUGCAACUCUUUCUAUUAUUCGAGGCCACAAAAGACUGUUAGAUGUAGCUACCAUUUCACAGGGCCAGACCAAGUUUUUCAGUGUAUUGAUGCUUGCUUGGGGACUUAUAGCUGACAUCGACAUUGAGUCUGAGAAAUACAGGUGGAUGGGCAGUGCUCGAAUCGAUUUUUAUGCUCUUCAACGGAUAGUCUUUCUUAGAAGGUAUAAUGGCUGUAUAAGGUUUCUGGCUGCACCUGGUUAUGAAGUUCACGGGGAGCCCAUCAAGCUACCGGAUAUUUGUUUGGGUGAUGGCCCAAAAAGUGGCUAUUGUGGGCCAACAGUCGAUCCACAUAAUUCAAACUGGAGGAAGAUUGAUGGCCCUUUCAUCUCCGUUUGGCUCCACAAUGUACCCUGGGGUGCCGAACAUACAAUGGCUGCCCCUGAUGCCCAUUUUUCAGACGGCUAUUUAGACUUGGUGUUGAUUAAGGAUUGCCCGAAGCUAGCGCUGCUAUCAUUGUUGUCUGAAUUAAACAAUGGAGGCCAUGUUAAAUCCCCACUUGUGUUGUACAUCAAGGUCAAGGCAUUUGUUUUGGAACCCGGUUCAGUAGUGGAGGAUCCAUCCAAGGACGGGAUCAUCGACGUGGAUGGUGAGGUUCUUGCUAGAGGUCGAAGAACAUACAAGUGUGAGAAGAAAACCUUAAUGGCUUAUGACAGGCUUCAUAUUGGUGUAGACCAAGGGUUGGCUUCUAUUUUCUCUCCUAUUUAGGAUCCUUUUUUUGUGGUUAGUGGGUUUUAAUUAUAUUCCUCCAAAACUAUUAAUUUUUUUUAUAUUUGUGAAUCAUCCCCUUGUUUCCAAAAAAAGAAAGCAUACAAAUGGAUAUCAAAAUGUACUAUGUAAAAACCUUACUUGAAUACAAUGAAUGUGAAUUACACUUUGUAUAUACAAUUUUAUAUGUCAAUGAAUUCACACUGUAUUU